AUGGCUUCUUCCAACCCUUCAAACUUUGCGAACUUGCCAAAGGAUGAGCUGAAGGAAAUUGCCGCCAAGGGCGGUCACGCUUCUCACGGCUCUGGUAACAACGACUCUACCUCUACUGGCAGCAGCGGCAACGCUGACCGCAACCCCGACGGUACCUUUACCAAAGGUUCUGAUUUGGCAAAGGAGUUGGGGGCUCAAGGUGGCCAUGCUUCUCACGGCGCUACAGACACCACCUCCAACAGCAGCGAGCAAGGCCGCAACCCAGAUGGCACGUUCACCAAGGGCUCCGAUGUCGCCAGCAAACUUGGUGCUCAGGGCGGUCAUGCUUCCCACGGCUCCUCUAACGAGUCCGGUGCUCAGACCUCAAGCAACGACAGCGGACGCAACCCCGACGGCACAUUCAAAAAGGGCAGUGAGCUUGCUUCCGAGUUGGGCACACAGGGCGGACAUGCCUCGCACUAG